AUGACCGCAAAGACUUUUCUACUACAGGCAUCCGGUAGCCGUCCUCGUAGUAACCACUUCAAAAGUGAGCAUAAUAAUAUUCCGUUAGCCCCUGUACCGAUCGCCCCGAAUACGCAUCAUCAUCAUAACCAUAAUUCGUCGGAGUUCGAAAACGAUGGCAACAAAAAGAAAAAGAAAUCUGGUUUGGUGGUAAGAACAUCUAAACAUUGGGUUCUACCCCCUAGACCAAGACCUGGUAGAAGAUCAUCUGCUCACAACUCUCUGUCUUCUAACAGUACUAACAAUACACUGAACGUUGGUACUAACAGCAGGAAUAAUAGUAAUAAUAGCAUUACUUCCAACAGGAAGCAAGCUUCCAAAGAAAAGAGGAAGCCAAGACAUAUCCAGACCAUUGAUGAAAAGCUAAUAAACGAUUCAAACUAUUUGGCUUUCUUGAAGUUUGACGACUUGGAAAAUGAAAAGUUCCAUUCUUCUGCCUCUUCAAUCUCAUCUCCAUCUUAUUCAGGCUAUAGAAAUAGAAAGAAAUCAGAAUACAUGGACGAUGAAAGUUGCACUGAUGUGGAAACCAUCGCUGCUCACAACAGUUUGCUGUCAAAAAGUCACCAUAUAGAUUCUUCUUCAAUCGUCCAUGCUCCACCCACGAAGAAAUCAAAACUGAAUGACUUCGAUCUACUCUCUUUAUCUUCAACUUCCCCAUCGGUUACGCCAGUCCCACAGUUGACAAAAGAUUUAAGUCUCAAUUUGAAUUUUCACAAGACGCCUCAUAAGACCUCGUUCCCUGAUUCUCCAGAAGAUUUUUCUCCAGUAGAUUCAGUCUCAUUAAUUAGAAACCAUUCCUUGCCCACCAGAUUGGAGGUGAAGGAAAAAAUGGAUGAUUUGAACGAGAUCAAAUUCUUUAACGAUUUCGAAAAACUUGAGUUUUUCAAUAAAUACGCUAAAGUUAAUACUAAUAAUGACAUUAACGAAAACAAUGAUCUUUGGAAUUCCUACCUACAAUCGAUGGACAAUUCUACAGGUAAAAAUCGUACCGAUAAUCAACAAGUAGACGAUGAUGAUGACAUGCCCUUAUUGAAUCUGCCCAUUUUGGAAGAAUCUGUUCCCUCUGAACCAGAUGUUAAGGUUGAACAGGAUGACGAUGACAUUUGGAAUUAUCUACCAAGUUCAAGCUCACAACAAGACUCUUUAGGAAUCUUGGACAAGAAUCGUACUCUUGACAAAGAGAAUAUUCAAACAAAUAAUGACGAAACCUAUCUAUUUUUACAAGAUCAGGAUGAAAGUACAAAUUCACACCGCCACGACGAGUUGGGUUCAGAAGUCACUUUAGCUGAUAGUAAGUUUUCUUAUUUGCCCCCAACUUUAGAAGAAUUGAUGGAAGAGCAAGAUUGUAACAACAGUAGGUCUUUUAAAAAUUUCAUGUUUUCCAACGGUAACGGUACGCCGUGUUCAAAUGCAGACGGUAAUACUGUUAAUGAUGAUGACUAUACCAAAGUUUUAAAGUCAAAAAAAAUUAGUACCUCAAAGUCAAACGUAAACCUUUAUGACUUAAACGAAAACAAUAAUGGCGCCACUACCACCAACGAAUUUGACCAAAAUAGUUUUAUCGAUGAUCUUGAUGAGGAUGUUGACUUUUUAAAGGUACAGGUAUUCUAA